GCGUUCCUGCCACUGCUGCGAGCGGCCGCGGCCGACCCCGCCUUCGCCGGAGACGUCAUGUCGGACCGACGGGCGGCCGUGCUCAACAUCAACUCCCGCAUGGGCUCGAUCGACGACAACAAGUCCGGCCAGCGGUACGCCUACCGCACCAGCAAGGUGGGCCUGAACUCGGUGACCCGUUCACUUGGCAUCGACCUUCGCCCGGACCACAUCCUGGUGGUCAGCAUGGACCCGGGCUGGGUGCGCACGCGCAUGGGCGGCGCCAACGGCAAGAUUGCGCCCGAGGAGAGCGCCUCCCGCAUCCUCACCGCCAUGGCCAAGAUGACCAACCAGCACACGUCCACCUACGUCGACCACUUCGGGGAGCCGAUCCUGUGGUAGACGCGCGGGGUGAUGCAGCUGGCCGGCGAGCGCGGAGGACGCUGUCGCCGCGGACAGAAUCAGGGUUGCUAUGGUUACGCCCAAACCGCGCUCGCGGUGCUGCCAACGGACCGGCGUCGCAGUGGCAGACUCGCCGCAGGCUUUGUAGUGCUGAGCUAAUCUGCUGGGCGCUUCAGGGGACGCUAGAGGACGCUCAGGUGUUGGCUGUCCGUGAUUUAUGCGUACUCAUUUGACUUCAGUCACGCGUAGUGUUGUCUGAUUUGUGGCUGAUAGCUUUCUCUCGCGCCCUGGCUGAUUGAGGCUUGUCGAUUUUGACAUGGCGUUAUGUGUCGCGGAGGUAGUGAUCAUGAGAAAGGAACCUUUGGUGGUUUCGUCAGUCCCGCCAAAGCGGCACGUCACAGUUAUGUCGGGACCAAGGGCGUAUGAACACUCGUUUGGAACUCAUAAACAGCCUCGAGCUCACCCAGUACCUCGGCCGCUAUCCGUGGCACGCGGCCUCAAGAGCGCCGCGUGUGUCUCCGGACUGCCACCUUGGGGUGCGCUAAACCCCUGCUGGAGCCCGCUCGUGCGUCAGCCUCGGGCCUUCUCCCAGCCCGUGCGACCAGGGAGUCGUCAUUGCCAGGGGAUGUUCGGCUGAGUCCCGCUGGAUCUACAACCAGCAUUCCUUGGUGUGAUGGCUGAAGAAGACCUAGUCUAUAUUGUGGGAAAUUUGUGCCUUAAGCACCAAGAAAGCAAGCUUUUUCUUGGGGCAAGCACCUCGCUUCAUCAGUGCUGCGGAUGUUACUUCCGCGAUCGCAAUAAGUCGAUUUAUUUUAUUCCGUGGAAGUGGCUCGGAACGCUAUUUUGACAAAUAAAACCUGUCUAGUGG